UUGACUAGUGAAACAGUUUCCUCUUAGUAAACAUCCCGAAAGUAAACCACUAACUAGCAGAAUCCACCACGUGUUAAUCGAAUUGGGACUUGUAGUACUACAAAUCCACAUUCAGUCCAAAAUCCACAAGGACGACUUCAUUCAUAAAACAAGUCGUCCCCAUCCGCAUCCGGAUUCACAGUUGAGCAUUUCUCUUCUCGACGGAUUCUCUACUCCUCGAAGGAGAGCUUUCAUAGCUACGUGGAUCUCUUCAUACACGAGCAUGCUGUAUUUGAGUGCUGCAGAACCAGAAGGACUUUCCGAGCAUUCCUUUCAAUCGUUUUAAUAUCUAGUUUCGACCGGCAAAAGAUUCAGUUGAUGUGCUACUCGCCUGCGGAUUGCAUUCAAAUCGAAACGAUUGGGCGGUCAUAAGAAAUCAAACCGUUGAGGUAUCCUUGAAUAGGAUAUGGUCUUUCGAGUAUCUAGGAAGAUCAAUUUUAAAAUAAUUCCCAGCUUCCAAGUGAUGAAGUUUCAGUGAUGCGACUUAUUGCAUGCCCAAGGGAUCUUUUUUUUGGCUUUUGAAUAAAUUAACCGGAAAAUGUUACAUUUACCAGAAAUAUCACAAAUGGAGCGAGAUAUGAAUGAAAGCGAUACAGGUUUUGUGUUUGGGUCCAGUUUCGAUGUUUUGAGUGGAUUAAAUUCUACAAGGAGCACGCUCUUUCCAGACUUCGGGUUUCCCAACGUAUCGGUAGAUCCGGAUCGCAACGAUGCAAUUUUGAAGACCGUGGAAGUUAUUGGUGAUCUGCUCUCACUCUACUACAUACCAAUCGUGGCUUUCAGUGGUAGCAUUGGAAAUAUCCUGUCGGUUGUGGUGUUUUUCAAAACAAAGUUAAAGAAAUUGUCGUCCAGUUAUUACUUGGCAGCUUUGGCAGUUAGUGAUACAUGUUUUCUGUUCAGUUCGUUGAUGCAGUGGAUGAAUUUCAUUGGAAUCGGGAUUUAUAACAUGAACACAGGAUGUCAGCUCCUGUCGUUCUUGAGUUAUUUAAGUAGUUUUUUGUCAGUGUGGUUUGUAGUGGCUUUUACGGUGGAGCGGUUUAUUGCUGUUAUGUAUCCGUUGAAACGACAGUCCAUGUGUACUGUAAGGCGUGCGAAAAUAGUCCUGGCGGGACUGACAGUGGCUGGGUGCAUACACUCAGCACCCAUUAUAUACUUUGCAACUCCAGUGUAUAACGCGCCAUUAAAUCAGACGAUAUGCGAUGUCAGCAAGACUUACAAGAAUCACCUCACAAUUUUCAAUUAUCUGGAUACGGCGGUCGUGUUCGCAGUUCCGUUCACAGCAAUUGCUGUUCUCAACACAAUCACAGGAUGUACAGUAUGGAAAUUUGCAACUGUACGAAGGACAAUGACGACCCAUAAAAGGAAAACCCAAAUAGCACGAACGUUUUCAUUAAAUGGCUCGACCCGAAAUAAUGUGGUGAAGCAACAACAGGCAACGACCCUGACGCCAAGCUGCCCGCACCCCAACGGCCGGAACAGCAUAUCGCAGAAUGGAGCCACGAAAUCAUGUCGUGGGAAAAUAACAAACUCAUCCCAGAUAAAAGUAACAAAGAUGUUACUUAUUGUAUCAACCGUUUUUGUGUGUCUCAACCUGCCAAGUUAUGUGAUGCGAGUGCGAGCUUUUCUGGAGAGUGGACAUGUUACCAAGACGACAGUAGUUAUUCAGUACAUCUGCUGGUUUUUCUUUAUGACCAACUUUGGAAUCAAUUUCGUCCUGUAUUGUGUGAGUGGACAGAAUUUCCGGAGAGCUGUGAUAAGUUUAUUCCGGAAAGCGUCAUCAUCAACAAACGUACGCGAAGGUACAACACAAGUUACAGCUGGUCAUAUUAAAAGAAAUGAUCGUCUCCUUUUACCGUGGUUGCAAGAAAAGCCUUCGUUUCUGAGUAUCUACGGAAUAGCGCAACAACGGCAUCCCGUCGACGGACUUAUACCCAAAAUGGAUCCUGGAAUGACGUACAUGAACUGAAGCAAAUUGGAUCUUUGAAAUAAAACGAGCAUACAUUCAUCAAUUUGAAAGCUAACAGAACGUUCUAUCUUUAGAGUUUCAGGGUAGUUAGCGUGGAUUCAGUGAAAGACAAUAGUAUUCGUACGGAAGCAGCAAUCUCGACGAAGUGCAUAUCGAACAAAUCUCAAAGGAAUGUCUGACUGCAUCAUUGUUUCAUCAUGAUUACACGUUUGCAAAAUGAUCCCUUCUAGCUUCGUUUUACAAAGGCAUUAAUCCGAUUCCAGGUCUAAUGGAAAUUCUUCUUUAUAUCUCAUUCCCCCAUUUCCAAUCUGACGUGAAGUAAUUCGAAAUGAUUUUUCGGGAAAAUGCUUAACUAAAGCUCGGAAAAGUUAUACGUCUUAGCCAGAGAUUAAGUAAGGUAUUUUCGGGGUUAAAUAAACCAGACAGCUUUUUAGGGAUUCAAUAGCAUUAAAGUCUUAAAAAUUUUCCAUGAAACCAGUAUUCCUCCCACAACACGAAAGUUGUUCGUACUGUACGGGAGGAGACUGCACAAGAAAUUCAAGGGACAACUCUAACAAGGAGAAAAAACUGACACUUGUGUCAAAGCUUCAAAAGGAGCAGUUUUACCUCAAACGGGUGGCAGAAAACUUCAAAGAAAUGUUAAUUCUUUUUGGGGGCAAAUUUUUAAUCAGGACUACAUUUGAAGGGUCACUUUUCAAAACCAGAGCAAACGAGCUUAUCAGGUUUGAAUCAUGUAAAAAUAGAUCUGAUUUUCUCCAUGGUUGCUACCGCAAUGAAUAUUCCUAGCACGUAGAAUGUACACCAGCUUCAAUCGUAAUGAGGGUAAAUUCCAAGAAUCUCUGGGAACUAAAUAAGAUUUAGGAGGGAAAUUUCCAAACAUUUUCCCGUAACUUUUAGUACUUUGCAACUAUGAGAUAUGUACGAAAAAUCUGUCGGAUACUGUUGGAUAAAGAAACAUCUACAAAAAGAAGAUUAAAGCCGGGCGGUAUGUUAUUAAUGCCCACCACUACACAGACAUUUAAGGGUAAUAGAAAACGACUAGAACAUGAAUUGUUUACUGACGAAAGUAGGUUUAUUGGACUGUAGAUUACGAGUAAAUAUAUUUUUGUACGAAAAUAAAUGCUGAAAUGGGAAUUGAGCAAAAUCUCAAAGCGAAAAAUUUAUUGUGAUAAAAGAGUUGUUACCAUGCAUAGAGCAAGUAACUGUGUAACAUGGAUUAUAGCUACAUUUAUCAAAAGAAUGUAUACUAAGAGCUUUGUAAGGAUGCCAUCCGUGGGAUGCUUUUAUAAAAUAUUUAAUACAAGAAUUUUAUUGUGUGGACCUUGGGAAAUGCAACCAUAAUUCUAGUAUGAUUUAAACCUUUGAGAAGCAAAGGACCUUCUAGAUAUUAAAAAUUAGAUGAUAUUUUGAAUAUUAAUUAAUUUGGUUUACUUUUAAUUGUUAUAAGAAUAUAUAUAAGAGAUGGUCCAAAACUGAGAUGGAGGAAACAUAUAUAAGUUCAAUUUAUUAGCUUAAGAGAAAUUAACGAUAUUGAAACUGUUGAAAAACCAUUCUCUAGUUACUAUAGAUAAACUAUCAUAAUUGUAUUUAUCAAAUGACUAUAUUAAAGUGUAAAUAGUAUCGCACUAAACGUGAAAAAAUAAAUAUUGUAUUCCAAGCUUCUAAUCAA